UAUUGAUUGUUGUUGUUUGGAGAUGUUAAUUUGAAUUUUAUAUUCGUAAUUUAAAAUCAUAAUAUAUAUUUUAUAACGGAUUAUAUUUUAAUUUAUCUGCAGACCACAGUAUUUAAUAAAAUAUUGGAACAAGCGAAAAUGAUACCUCCUGUUGCUCCUGGGCAAACAGAGGAAACUAUAAACAUGGUUGGAUGGAAAAAUACAUUUAAUAUGAGACAAAUGAGUUUGAUGAAUUUAGCUGCAAGUUCAUUGGCUCAGAAAAAUGGAGCAAAAACUACUAUUCCCUCAUUUCGAAGAGCUUACAGUAUUACCAGUCCAACAAAAUCCUUAGAUAUUUUAAGAAAAAAUUUACAGAAUGCCAUUAAUAAGGACAUUGAUAACGUAUUGAAAAAAUACAUAGAGAAAUUCUUCCAUCCUGCUAUUGUAAAUAUUAAAAGUAAUUUGGGUAAAGAUAGUGUGGGAGAUGAUCAUAUAAAGGAAGUAUGUAAACAAAUGCUUGAGGAGGCGAAGCUCAUGUAUAAAAUAUCAUCUAGUUCUUGUGAUAGUUCACCCUAUGAGUAUAGCCAUAGUGAGGCAGAAUCUGAAGCCAGUUUUGCAGAUUCAAAGUUUGGAAGAACAAGCCCCAUUGUGACCUGCAAAAGAAAAGAUUGUGAUCCAGAUCAAGAAAUUGGACCAGCUUUUCCUAUAGUACCUCCAGUUAAAAAGCCUAGAAACAAGUCUCAUCACACUGAUUACAGCAGUUGUAAAUUGUCUUUAAAGAGGGAUGGUCCGAAAUGGAAUCCAGACAGGAUCCGAGGAAACACGCUGUUUAUAAUGGGAGCCAGAGCUAAUAAAGUUUUGGGUUAUGGACAGACAAGGGGAAGGUUGUAUGUUAGACAUCCUAAUCUUGUAAGAUAUUCCGGAGAUCAAGAAGACAAGGAAUGGCUUGCAUCCAAGAACUUAAUGCCUCCAAGUGGUGGAAAAGCAUAUUUGAUGCUUCUGGAAGACAUUAAAGAACUUACAGAAAGUGACGAAUAUAGAAACAGUCUUAACCUACAGCUCCACGAAUUAAGAGGAUUUGAAGUACCACUAUUCCUUCUAAUAAAAAUUAAGAACUUUAUAGAAUAUGUUAGAAACGAGAGGAAGUUAUUAGCUAAUGUCGAUACUUCUUAUGAAGACCAUAAUGAUCAUGUUAUAUCAUCUACACCAAUGAAUACUAUUAUGACAGUUGAAUCUGAUCCUCAUUCUCAUAUUUCUUGUGAUGGUACAAUGAUAUCUGACCAUUCAGAAAUGACUUUCAAGACAGAUUUCCUAAAUAUGACUUCCGAUAUGAGCAGCACAUUAACAAGCUCAGUAAUUUCAAGUAUUCUCUCAAGUAAUUUGGCAACUUUACAUAAUAAUGACAAUUCUCAGGAUUUCUAGUAUUUAGUCAUACUCUAAAUAGAGUAUUUUUAUUUUUACCAAUAUUAAAACUGAUUUAACUGUUGAAACCAGUUCUGAAUAUUAAUUUAAUCAAAAGAGUUAAAUUUUUAUUUAUAUUACGAUCCAAAACCGUGGCAUUGUACCUAGGUUAUAAUAACGUUGAUUAGGAAGGUCACAUCGUUUUUAUUUUAAAGCCCGACAUAAUUUUGACUAGAGAUUCUCCACUUAUUUCGUUAGCAUUUUAUUUAUGGCCCACAGGUAAAAAUUAGCUUGUGGAAUUUCAAUUGACCGUUGGCAUUAUUUAUUAUUUCAUUAAUAACAGUAACAGGUCAAGACCUAAUUAAAGCGUAAGAGUACAAAAAUAUAUACAGUGUGUACUUAAGUUGGAACCAAAUGAAAAAAAAAAUGAUUGAUUUUUGGAAAAAAGUUAUUCGUGAUAAAAAGUCCUGCAUGACCCA